GGAUAGAUAUAUGACGAUCAUUAAGCGUUUGUUUUCUAUGGGAUGUGGUGCAUAAUCUUGGUGUAUUCUUUUCAAAGUUUCAAAACAAUAAAAAGCGCCAGUAGUAAAGUAAACAGAUAUUUGAGGAGCAAACGAUGAAAAGCAAUAAAUACAGAAUUUGUUUAACGGUUAAUUAAUGUGUUGAUAGUAAAGUGCGAAAAUUAAAAAGGUGUAAAUAGACAUAAGACAGGCCAAUAGCAAAGUGGAAAUACUUGAGAAAAUAUGAAAAUUAACCCAACCAACGGUUCAACCAUGGACAAGACCGCCAAGGUACGGCGCCAGGUGGGACUGUGGAGAUCAGUGUCAGCCAUACUUGCUUUACUCAUCAUCGGCCUCAUCAUCGUUGUCGUCGUAUUGUCCGUCAGAGAAUCCCACGACAGCGCCGAAACUUGCGGGACAUCAAGAAUUUCCCAGAAAAACGGAAACGUCAUUGACCUUAGUGAACCAGACAAGCCCGGACCUUUUCAUGACCUCACAAAACUGGAGAUCCGAAAUCUGAGAGCGUUUUUAGAAAAGGACCCUAACAUUCGGGUACAACCGUCUGCCAGCGUGAAGAUCAAUAUGAGCAUGUUGUACACGAUGGAUUUGUUCCCGGCACCCAAGGCUGACGUGCUGAACUACCUGGAUAAGGAGGGACCCCAGCCCAACCGUCAGGCCCGUGUUAUGGUGUACCGAGGGGACCUGGACCCCCCAUAUGUGUACGAGUAUGCGUGCGGGCCUCUCCCCGAGGUGAGGGAAUGCAAGCCCAUCAUGUCAGACAAACGUAGGAACCCUGUCGAGUUCUCGCUCAGGCCUGUCAGUGCUAUAGAGUACGCUGCGGUCUUCGAUGUGGUCCUCAGGGAGGUGGAUGACAAGAUCGGCUACAUCCUUCAAGAAAGUUUCGGCACCUCCUACCACACGUGUGCCCCCAGGGAGUGUUUCUCCAUCUACCCCUCCCCCAUGGGCACCAAUGUUGUUGAUGACAUCACAAAGCGGCGACUCUGGGUAUGGGCUGAGUACCCUGUAGAGUACUACGUCCUUCACCCUGUAGACUUUGGCGUCUUGGCCGUCCUGGAUGGAUCCGAUCCCAGCAAAUUCAGAGCGGAUAAAGUUUGGUACCACGGCACUCUCUACAACAGCUUAGAUGAUCUCAUCCUCGCAUACAACAGCAGCGGACCCGAGCAGAAGUCCCGCAUCAAGAAACACGAGUACAGCAAAGACGUCUUCUCAACCCUCAACUUGCGAGGUGACCCACAGCCUGAACACCCACAGAGACCCCCGACCUUAGUGGAGCCAGACGGCAAGAGAUACUCGUUGAAAGACAGGCAGGUCAAGUAUCUUGGCUGGAGCUUCAACUUCCGGAUGUCCGCCUUGACCGGUCCUAGCCUGUAUGACGUCAGAUACAACAAUGAUAGGAUUGCAUACGAGCUUGGCUUGGCUGAGAUCGUCGUCUUUUAUUCCGCGGAUAACCCCAUUCAGCGUAUCACGGAUUUUGUGGACUCUGGAGCCAUGAUUGGAACCCACUCCAAGUCUCUGGUUCCUGGAGGCGACUGUCCAGAGUCGGCCACCUUCAUUAGCCAGACUUUCGCUGGUCAGUCUGUAGAUGACCCGGUAGAGAUUCCCCGCGCCUUCUGCCUGUUUGAGAACAACAACGGCUACCCGCUCCGACGACAUUUGUCGUACGACCAAUACGAGGGCGCCUUUUAUGGCGGGAUGCUGGACUCGGUCUUGACCUUGAGAUGUGCUCUAACUAUCGUCAACUAUGAUUACAUUGUGGACUUUAUUUUACAUCAAAAUGGCGUCGUUGAAACUCGUGUCAUGAGUACAGGUUACAUACUACCCUCGUUCUACACAAGCAAAGAGCGUCCUUACGGCUUUCAAAUCGAGAAAGAUCUCGUUGGCCCCAUCCAUCACCACAUGUUCCAUUUCAAGGUCGACCUUGACAUCUCAGGGACCUCCAACAGAUACGAGACACUGGACAUUCAGCCAGAGACGGUGGACAUGAGAACGAUACCCAACAGAAAAUACCACCAGACAAAGUUCGUGAGGACCCUCAAGUCCACAGAGCAAGAGGCGCUCUUCAAAUACAACUUUGAUUUCCCGAAAUACCACGUGGUACACAACGAGCAGGUCAAGACGAACUUUAACGAGAUCAAAGCUUACAGAAUAGCCAUGCACGGCAUGUCGAAGCAACUUCUACCAGAAGGGGUUGACAACGAAGCCCCCAUAGCCUGGGCCAGACACCAGCUGGUAGUGACCAAACACAAGGACGACGAGCAGGUCUCUAGCUCGCCUUACGCAAUGUGGGACAGCAAAAACCCCGUCACAGACUUCACCAAAUUUUACGCAGACAAUGAGAGCAUUGUUGACGAGGACUUGGUGUUUUGGAUCACUUCCGGUAUGCACCACAUCCCGCACACAGAAGAUCUGCCACUGACGCCAACUGUAGGAAACCACCUGACGUUUUUCUUGCUGCCGUACAACUAUUUUAUAGAGUGUCCGUCUGUGGCUUCACGCGAUCACAUUCGCAUCACUCACAAGGAUAAGAAGAAUCCAAAGGCAGGAGUCUCUGUGGACAGGAACGGUAACUCCAAGGACAUUUGCACCAUCCCUAAAUAUGCUGAAGCUUACGACAAGCUGCUGGAGAAGGACCCUGAUAUCAUCCUAGAAAGUACAAAAUCCAGAGGAAUUUUGUAGUCUUCAUCAACUGGAGUAGGUUUUUUAACUUAAAGUUAAAGACAGGGCAACCAUAGACUGUUGAUGUAGGGGUCAGUAUGGGGACAUAGGGGUCAGACGAGUUGUGAUUUGGAUGUUUUUAUUGUAGGGGUUAGACAAGAACUGUGUAAGGAUGCUGAGGACAGAUUAGAGGUGUAGGGGGUCAGACAAUAGAUGUGUGGAUGUAGGGGUCAGACAAUAGCUGUGUGGAUGUAGGGGUCAAACAAUAGCUGUGUGGAUGUAGGGGGUCAGACAAGAGCUGUGUGUGGAUGUAGGGGGUCAAACAAUAGCUGUGUGGAUGUAGGGGGUCAGACAAGAGCUGUGUGUGGAUGUAGGGGGUCAAACAAUAGAUGUGUGGAUGUAGGGGUCAGACAAUAGCUGUGUGGAUGUAGGGGUCAGACAAGAGCUGUGUGGAUGUAGGGGGUCAGACAAAGGGUUUUGUGUGGAUGUAGGGGUCAGACAAGAGCUGCGUGUGGAUGUAGGGGUCAGACAAAGGGUUUUGUGUGGAUGUAGGGGUCAGACAAAGGGUUUUGUAUGGAAGUAGGGGUCAGACAAAGGGUUUUGUGUGGAUGUAGGGGGUCAGACAAAGGGUUUUGUGUGGAUGUAGGGGUCAGACAAAGGGUUUUGUGUGAUGUAGGGGUCAGACAAAGGGUUUUGUGUGGAUUUAGGGGUCAGACAAAGGGUUUUGUGUGGAUUUAGGGGCUAGAUCACGGGUUCCCAACCUGGGGGUCGCGACCCCCCUGGGGGUCGCGAAGGUCUUUCUGGGGGGUCGCCAACUGGUAUACAAACCUUAGUAAUUUGAAACAAAACAUAAAUAUUUAGAAGAAUUUUUGAAAUUCGGCUUCAUUAACAUCACUGGAAAUGUAAUAGAGAAAAACAAAGCGCACUGGACAAAGAUGUUCUCAGUCACGAAUCUAUGAAAUCUUUAAAACUAAAACGUCAUUUGAGACGAGUCAUUCGGAACACACCAAAAAAUACAUGGCGUUCUUUCGUCGGUAAAAAGCUAGUUGCAAACGCCAGAGACCUGAUCGAACAGGAAGUUUUCACCAGCAUUAGUGCAAGCAUCAAAUGAAGUCGCGAUAGAACAAGCAAGCAAAAAAAAAAAAAACCAAUAGGAGAAAAUUUCAUCAAACGCUGCA